AACUAGGUCAAACGUACCAGAUUGCGGGCGCAGAUUUUGAUUUUACGCGCCAAACCUCAAAGUAACAUCGAGUAGUGCUUCCUCCUGUGUUAUAUUCGUUGCCUUCAUAUAAUUCUCUUUAUUAUGAGUCUCUGGGUCGAUAAAUAUAGACCGACUUCACUUGGUAAGCUAGAUUAUCACAAGGAUCUUGCCGCACACCUCAAGAAACUGGUACAUUCUGGCGACUUCCCCCACUUGCUCGUCUAUGGUCCCUCUGGUGCUGGCAAAAAGACCAGGAUCACGUGUAUUCUGAGAGAACUGUAUGGAUCAGGCGUGGAGAAACUUAAGAUAGAACAUCACUCUUUCACUACACCAUCAAAUAAGAAAGUUGAGAUAUCAACCAUAGGAAGUAUCUUCCAUCUUGAAGUCAAUGCAAGUGAUGUAGGUAUCUAUGACAGAGUAGUGGUCCAGGAACUUUUAAAGAAUACUGCUCAGGCACACUCACUGGAGUUGUCCGCUCACAGGGACUUCAAAGUUGUUGUGCUGACAGAGGUCGACAGACUCACAAAAGACGCCCAACAUGCUUUGCGUAGAACUAUGGAGAAAUACACAUCCACUUGCCGUCUGAUCCUGUGCUGUAACUCAACCAGUAAAGUAAUCCCUGCUAUCCGGAGCCGUUGCCUUGGUGUACGGAUACCUGCACCCUCAGUUGAAGAGAUAUGUCAGAUUCUGCAAUUUGUCUGUAAGAAGGAGGGGCUCACAAUCCCAUCAGAGUUGUCAAGGAGAAUCGCAGAAAAGUCUGGCAGAAAUCUAAGGAAAGCCUUGCUGAUGUGCGAGGCCUGCAAAGUUCAACAAUAUCCAUUUACACCUGACCAACCUGUCCAGGAAGCGGACUGGGAAAUGUACCUCCGUGAGACAGCACAACAGAUAGUCCAGACCCAGACACCUAGAAGGCUUUAUGAAAUCAGAGGGAGAUUGUACGAAUUACUGACACAUUGCAUUCCUGCUGAUAUCAUUAUCAAGGGUCUCUUGAAGGAGCUUUUGACUAAUUGUGAUGGCACCCUGAAAGCGGAAGUCACAAACCUGGCUGCGUUCUACGAGCAUAGAAUUCUACUUGGCAGCAAAGCGAUCUAUCAUCUUGAGGCCUUUGUUGCUAAAUUCAUGAGUAUUUACAAAAGGUUCCUUGAGGAAGGAAUGGCAGAUAUGUUUUAAGGUGAUAUUAGUUACUUUAUGUAGCGUAACUAUGGCAAGAUAUGGUCAACAUGACAUGACGGAAAAACGCGCAAUUUCAGAUAUAGAGAGAAGACACAAUUUCUUACAAUGGCUAUAGGUUCCUUGUAUUACGGACUGAUUUUCAAAACAUAAAUAACGUGAGGCCGAAGUGCACGUAACCAAAAUUUGGCUUUUUAAGAUAAUUUUUCCUUGAUCAUCAUUGCCCUGUGUAUCAGUUCAAGGACGAAAAGCUCAAAUUUCAAUGACACUUUACAAAAAGUCGCAUCAAUUUAAAAAAAAGUCGCACUUGAUAUUUUGUUUGUUACUAAGUACUCAGAGAAAUUCUCCGCCUUAUUCGAUGUGAAAUGGGCUUAUUUGAAGCGUCACGUCAUGUUCUUCCGUCAUGUCGGUCAACAUAGUUAUUGUUAGCAUGAAGCUUUACUGUCGAAUCCGUUGUAUCGCGACGCCACAUUUUUAAAACACUGAAGAUUUGUUUUUUGUCUUUUGAGAUUUUCUGUUCCGCCAGUCAAAUUGUUCUAAGCCAAUCAGAGUCUUGCCAUCUCUUCCCUAGUGAAGUUGCCUGGCUUUCUUUCACGACACUGUCUGUUUUUCGUCUAGAUGAUUGCCAGGAAAGUGCACAAUGCGAGACUCUGGUUGGCUCAGAAUGGUUUUACUGAGGGAACAGAAAACCAAAACAAAUGGUUUUGAAAACACGAGUUGCGAUACAACGGAUGUAAAAGAUGUUUAAACCUACAGUAUUUAAAAAUAUGGAUUUUGGAAAAUGGUUGAUUCUGUAUAACUUUACUCAUAGGGAAAUGAAUAUGGAAAUGGGCUAAGAAUCCAAGUAUAUCAGCCACUUGGCAUAGUUUUUGUUUUCAAUCGAUCACCCUGACCUCAGUCAUUUUUUGCGGUUAUCUCCUGUGAUUGGUUACAUUAACAUUUUUUUACAUUCGUCUGAUGGUCUUUAAUAUUUCGCGAUGCAAUCUACCACGUGCGACCACUCAGCGUUUCUCACCUCCACAAAGGUGUUAUCAUGCUUUGAACGUGUUGUUUUGAAAUUAAAAGUGACGCUAUCGAUAUUUAAGGUGUAAGAAAUAGCUUAAACGGAGCAAGAUAACAUUAAAGUAUUUUCCUGAUCUGUAAUAGAUGAGCUUGGCCUAGUGUUUAGUGACUUGAACAAAAUGCAAAAACGAUUUCAAUAAAAUCUCUCUUUUCAA